CAUUUUUCCCCCCCUUCAGCCUCUUCUCCUUCCUUAAUUUGGUUUUGCGAGAACUUGGCAAUAUGUCCAGAAAUUUGAGAUAAGGUGAAUAUAGAACACCCACCACGAAACAAAAUCCUCCUGCCUGCGCUUUGCCAACAAAAAUCUGAAACUCCAUAUAGUUAAUGCCACUCUCCCCACCCACCCAAAUUGAAGAAAGAAAUGGGUAGUCUCCAAUUCAACUCAUCUUCUUCAUGUUGUUGCUAUGGAAACUUCGCACCAUCUUCCUCUAGCAGUCUCCACCAAAACAUCAUUCCAUUUUCCUUCUUCGUCCCCACCAAAAGAUCCCUCCUUUCUUCCUCUUCCUCCAGAACUGCCACAACAAGGAUAAGGGCAGUGAGCACUGUCCCAGAGAGCUCGCCGGAGCAAGCAACGCCAGCAGCCGCAGAAGCAACCGAACCGCCUUUGGUCAACCUGGCAUUUGUUCAUUCGGUGUUGAUGCCUGAUGGCACACCAGAUGUGCAUAUGAGGAGAGCCAUUGGAGGGCAGAAGCUUAGAGACAUCAUGCUGGAUUCUAACAUUGAGCUCUAUGGUCCCUAUGCUAGGCCUCUGCUGAACUGUGCUGGAGGAGGAACUUGUGCAACUUGCAUGGUCGAGGUUAUACAGGGGAAGGAGCUCCUGAGCCCUCGCACUGAUAAAGAGACUGAGAAACUCAAGAAGAAGCCUAAAAACUGGAGACUUGCCUGUCAAACCACAGUUGGGGAACCAGAUUCUACUGGGCUGGUUGUGAUCCAGCAAUUGCCAGAGUGGAAAGGCCAUGAAUGGGGUUAUGAGAAAGUGCUGCCCCCUGAGUUCAUGGUCGAUGAUGAAUAGAGAUUUCACCCCUCACCAUUCUGCAAAUAUGUUGUCCUUCUGCAACACUUGAGAAAUCACAGCAUAUAUAUAUAAUUCUUUACUUGAGAUAUUGUACAUGUUAUAUGUAAGCUUAGUUGAUCAUCAACUUGGGUUGUUGAAACCAAUCACGUGAUGCAUUUCUGUCUCACCAAUUGUUACUUCAAUUAUUCACUACCAAGGAUUACAACCGAUUCUCGAGCUGCAAAUGUGAAUAUUUAC